UAGUCAGAAUUUUCAAAAAAUCGAUUUUUUUUUUUUUGCAUUUUCUUAAAGUAUAAUAUUUUAAAAAUAUUGUGUGAAAAUUUGAAGUGAAUCCGACAAAUUCUUUUCGAGUUAUUUAACAAUGACCAAAGGACGCUCGGGUGCUACGUGGCAUUCGAGAGCAGGUAGCUAGAAACAGCUGCAAGCAACCGACUUUUCGGGUUUCAUUGUCAUGAAUAUCUCCCCAUUUUAAUGUAUUUAUAAUUAUAUAUAUAUAUAUAUAUAUAUAUAUAUAUAUAUAUAUCCUUCUACAUAUAUUCACAAUUUGUAGGUAGUACAAGAACUGAAAAAUAAUUUUUGGUUGCCAGUAUACCUGUAGUCGUUGCACUGAUCAGUCGAUAGUUUUGUGAUAAAUUAUUUCUCAAGUGAAUUAAAUUAUUAACCAUGGGACGUGAUUCUAGAAAGGUUUCAAGAGAACUUCGGAGUUCUGAAAAAAUUAAUAAGUCGCGUUCAGUCAAAAGAAAGAAUGUUUUUAAUCCGAAAACAGCCGAACGUGAUGAAAGUAUUCAGAGUACAUCUUCUAAAAAAUUAAAACAAAACACUGAAGAUGAUGUACCUGAAGACAGCAGUACUGAAUUUCGAAUAAUAAAUUUUAUUCAGGUAUUCACUGCAAUUUCUGCUCUUAUAAAAUGUAAAAAAUGUGAUGGAAAUGUAGUGUUUCAAACAGCAAGUACACGUGGGCUGGGAUUCAAAAUUGUAGUUGCAUGUAAUAACUGUGGAAAUGAAUAUAUUCCUUCCUGUUCUUUCGUUGGGCAUUCUUAUGAAAUAAACAGACGUUUCAUUUUUGUAAUGAGAAUACUAGGAAUAGGAUACGAAGGAUUGUGCAAGUUUUGCGGCCUGAUGGACAUGCCGUCUUUUUUAGAUAAAUCUACGCAUACAAUUUUACUGAAACAGAUUUUGAAUUGUAGUAAAGCCGUCGCAGAAACCUUCAUGACGAAAGCUGUGAAUGAAGAAAAGCAAGCAAUGCCAACAACUGAAAAUGAAGAUAUAAAUCAUCUAACUGUAUCGGGAGAUGGAACCUGGCAAAAACGGGGAUAUACAUCGUCAUUUGGAGUUUCUUCUAUAAUUGGCUAUUUUACUGGAAAGAUUCUUGACAUAAACAUUAAAAGUGCAUAUUGUAAGCUAUGUGAGUAUUGGAAAAAAAAAACAAAUACUGUUGAGUUCGAGGAAUGGUAUCAAUCGCAUGAAGAUGUGUGUUCUGCUAAUCAUCAAGGGUCUUCUGGGAAAAUGGAGGUGGAUGCGAUGGUCGAAAUGUUUUCGUAUUCUGAAACUAAAUAUGGAGUUAAGUAUGCCAACUAUAUUGGUGAUGGUGACUCCAAGACCUAUUCAGGAAUUAUAAAAUCAGAUCCUUACGAAAAUACAACUGUAAAUAAAAAGGAAUGUAUAGGGCAUGUCCAAAAGCGGAUGGGGAGUCGAUUACGUACGCUGAAGAGUAAACAAAAAGGUCUUGGUGGUCGAGGUAAGCUCACAGGAAAAUUAAUAGACAAACUAACUGUGUACUAUGGUUUAGCAAUACGCCGGCAUUGUGAUUCUAUUGAAAAUAUGAAAUCUGCUAUAAUGGCAACCUUUUAUCACUACGGCUCGAGUGAUGAAAAACCGAAUCAUGAUAUGUGUCCAAAAGGCGAAGAAUCUUGGUGCUCUUACCAGCGCGCUGAAGCAAGAGGAGAGCUUGAUACCUUUUCUCACGAUUAUUCUCCUUUACCUUCUGAUGUUUUAAAAGCUAUCAAGCCUAUAUACGAAGAUCUUAGUAAUGAAAAUUUACUUUCAAGAUGUGUAGGUGGAUUCAAUCAGAAUAAUAAUGAAAGCUUUAACCAACUAGUAUGGAAAAUAUGCCCAAAAACGGUAAAUACUAGUUUUACUAUCGUACAAAUAGCUGCAUACGUUGCUAUGUGUAUAUUUAAUGAGGGUAUAAAUUCAUUAUUAGUCUUGAUGAAUACACUAGGACUUAAUUGUGGGCCUAAUUCUCAUCGGUAUGCAGAAAGAAUGGAUGCUGCACGUAUCAAAGUAGCAGAUAAGCGCGCUAAUGAUAACACCCGAGAAGGUCGAUUGCAACGUAGGCACCAGCAAAUCGAUAUUUUGGAAGCUGCUAUGUCGGCUGAAGAGCUAUUAUAUGGUCCAGGAAUAGAUGACUCAGUAUGAAUCUCCAAGGACUUAUGAUGAUCACCGCAAAGGACUUCGGGAGGAACGGGCUCUACAAAAACAGCGAUAACUUUUUGAAUUAUUAAUUUUUUUUUUUGAAAUUUUCGUGAAGUCAAAUCGAAACGUGUUCUAAUAAAGCUAUGUUUUUAUUUUUGUCAAAUAAAGUAAUUAACUACAAAAAAAAAAUUAUUGAAAAUCAUCAUUUUUUCAUACCCCUGAGUACCCCU